AUGCUAUCGCUGACCAACCCAGAUGCGAACUUUAUCGCUCUCAACCCAGCUGUGGCUGGUGUGCUCGGAACGGCCAUCCAUGCGAAUACAAAGAACGAAAGAAACCAGCGACCUGGAAAUGAAGUCCAAUCGAACCAGUGCCCACCGACGACUACACUGUAUAGUUCACCGUCAGACCGCUCUGCUGCUCCCGAACCCAGCCCAAAGGAUAUUCUAUAUCCCCAUUCAACAGCCUCAAAUUUCCCUACAGCGCACCGCCGUAUCUCGGCUGUAGCAACUUAUAACCAAGAGCAAACCACAUCCACGCCAUCGGAUAGAUCAUUCAAUACCACUUCGCCAAUUCAGCUUCAAAAUGGCCUCUCUCCACAAAAGGUACCGCCGCCACCAGGGGAAACGCAGCAGCCUCAUUUUAACACCAGCGACUCAUCAUCCUUGAGGAUUCCUACCUACUCUUCAAAUCAAGAUAGUGUUUCCCUCGCCGAUCAUAAUGCCGAUCUCCCGCCCUAUGAUCUUUUAUAUUCAUUGGUCGACCUUUUCUUUGAGCAUAUUAACGGCUGGCUCCCUAUACUUCACCGGAGAACAACUUUGGAUACGCUCUUUGGACCGUCGCCAUUAAGUGAAGAGGAUAGGAUGCUGUUAUACGCUAUAGUUGCAACGACUCUCCGAUUUUCAAAAGAUACACGGCUCAAUGAAGAAAAUAAGAAACGAUACCAUGACGUGUGCAAACAGAAAGUUAUAUUAUAUGGCUUGGAUAAUUCCUCAGUCACGGCCUUACAGGCUCUGGUAAUCUUGACGCUGGACGUCGUUGGAACAUCGAAUGGCCCGCCAGGGUGGAAAUUACUUGCAGUCAUCGCUAGAUCUGUUGUCCAGCUCGGCCUAGCUGUAGAAGCUACAUCAUCUUUAGUUGCAACCAUGUUUCCAUCUAUAUAUACACUUAGGGCUAACAUCCUUCCUGACUCUAGGAAUUGGGUAGAAGAUGAGGGCAGGCGGCGGCUAUUCUGGGCUGCCUAUCUAUUAGAUAGGUAUUCUACAAUAGCCACGGCCUUCGAUUUCGCACUAGAUAUUAAGGAAGUGGACCGGAAACUACCAUGCAAGGACGAAUAUUUCGUCAAAAACCAACCAGUUGAAACGAGGUUCCUGGAUACCCAUGAACAGCUGGAGUGCGUAAGCCGCAGCCAAUAUAUGGGCUCCUUCGGAUUCUACAUGGAGGUUCUAGGCAUCUUGUCAAAAAUACAUUUGUUUCUCAAACGGCCUGUUGAUAUCAGUGCAAUAACUGAUGUUAAUCAGUGGCAAUCCACCUACCGGAAGCUGGAUAAUGAACUGACUGCAUGGGAAUACCAACUACCGAAAGAGUAUUCAUUCGCCAUGUCCACAAGAUAUUUGGCGCCUUCGAAGUCUAGGUCCGUACAUUGUGGCUGGAUCAUGUUGCAUGCAGCAUACCAAACCACUAUAAUCCGGCUACACUCCUCGGCUGCCUAUCCAACUACGCGUUCUCCCAUUUUCACACCCUCAUAUGGUGCCAUCCAGCGGUGUCUGGCUGCCGUUGAACGAAUUCGGACAAUCGCUGGGUUUGUCGUAGACAACAACGUCCUUGACAAAUUUGGCCCCCCUUUUGCAUUUACGCUCUGGGUGUCAGCUCGCCUCCUUCUUGUUAACGGCUCAACUGUAGCCCAUACACUAGAUCCUGCAAUUAAUUUCUUUGUUGACUCACUCCGCCGCAUGGGCCAAUACUGGAAAGUUGCAAAGCGGUACAGCGAGAUCCUACAGCGAGUCUUGGAUGAAUACAACGAGUUCGAACAAUCUGGUUCUGCGGAUGCAACCCGUACAGCCCCAUCGUCAGUAAAGAUCCUAGCUGACAUGAGACGGUGUGCUUUUGAUCUGGACUUCUUAAUAUCUCAUCAACCCCCAAGGGCUGGCAGUUCCAGCCAUACACCAGUCGCUGGAGGAUCCAUAGCAUCUGUAGGCGGAUUGAUUACCCCGAAAGCCACAAAUGCCACUCCUAUUCCACCACAGCGCAACCUCAACCCUCAUGAACUUGAAUAUCUGGAUGUCUUUGAUUUCUUCAAUGUACCCCGCAUUCCUCUCCCAGGAGGAAACACUGCUACUCCACCAAUAAAUGGUUUAGCGGUAAUGGAUCAAGCACAGCAAGUAACGGUCCCAUCUGCCCAGCCACAGACAAACUCCUCCGCUGUGACUGCGACGGUCGGGGGAAUAUCAGUGACCGAUUUGGCCAAUGCUGCCGCCGCUGGUGCUGCGGCUGCAGCACAGGCAACAAAUGAGUUCAAUAUCACUAACUAUAUGGUCCCUACACCGGAGACAGAUUGGUUAUUUAGAGCUACCGCGUAG